GCACGAUCCUGCCAAUCCGAAGUUGCUGGGCAAUUUCUCUUCCACGAGCUUCUUCUGCGGCUCAGAGAGGGAACGAAAAGUGAAACUCCCCAGAGAGAGAGAGAGAGAGAGAGAGAGAAUUUUCACCGAUCCCUCAAGCGACGAAGAAGAACGAGAAGGACCUUCUAUCACCAGAUCCAGCGAACGACGUCGGAGAAGGAAGAACCGAGGAUGUCAUCUACGUUCAGCGGCGAUGAAACUGCGCCGUUCUUCGGCUUCCUCGGCGCAGCGGCUGCGCUCGUCUUCUCCUGCAUGGGAGCUGCAUAUGGGACAGCCAAGAGCGGGGUGGGUGUAGCUUCUAUGGGUGUGAUGAGGCCCGAGCUGGUUAUGAAGUCCAUUGUGCCAGUGGUUAUGGCAGGAGUGUUGGGAAUAUACGGGUUGAUUAUCGCCGUCAUCAUUAGUACUGGGAUUAAUCCCAAGGCCAAAUCUUAUUACCUCUUUGAUGGGUAUGCACAUCUUUCGUCUGGCCUUGCUUGUGGUCUUGCUGGGCUAUCAGCUGGGAUGGCAAUUGGAAUUGUCGGUGAUGCAGGCGUCAGAGCUAAUGCGCAGCAGCCAAAGCUAUUUGUUGGGAUGAUCCUAAUCCUGAUUUUCGCUGAAGCACUGGCUCUCUACGGCCUUAUUGUUGGCAUCAUCUUGUCUUCUAGGGCAGGCCAGUCCAGAGCUGAGUGAAGAGGACCAAGCAAUGCAUUACCGAACAGAUCAACUUGUUCCGCAGGGGGCUCUUUGUGGAAAGGUUACGUAGUCUCAGUUUAGCAUUAGUUGGACAGCCGUCGCAAGAAUCUGAUUUCCUUAGUCUUUCCGAGAUGAGAAAAGAGCGUCUCUCUGCGCGAGAAAGGCUUGUGAAGCUCUUCUUCCCCCUCCCCCCACCCUCCUUUAAUUUGUGUGUUAUAUACAUUGUAAACCGUGAUUCUGUAACUAAUAUUCUUGAGAUUUCAUGUGCAUCUCAUCC